AUGAUAUUGGUGGUUGUGGCGCUGUUUGUAAGUUACAUCAAGGAUCUGAGUAGCUUUACAGCUGCACAAUUUCUUACCUCGUUACAAGUUGGCCCAAACUGCGUCGGCUCGAGCAUCAAAGCCGCUUUUACCUUUGCAGGCAUGAUGCGUUUUAAGAGGGCCAAGGAGAUUCUCGAUCGCAUGGACAAACGUUGCAAAACUUCUGAAGAGCGUGAGCUGCUUCAUCGAACUGUGGCACUGUGCAAUCGAUGCUUCAUGUGCUAUCAGUUCAUGUACUCGUUCUAUGCCAUUGCCACGUUCCUCGCUGGCAGUCUUGCGGGUCACCUGCCCUGGAAGUUCUACAAUCCCUUCAUUGAUUGGGAAGCAAGUAAACUUCACUUUUGGUUGACUGCCUUUAUGGAGUAUCUUUGGAUGUGUGGAAUUGUGAUGCAGGAUCAAAUUGCGGAUGUCUAUCCCGUUAUCUACUUUUUGAUACUACGAACUCACAUCACAAUGCUCAAGGGGCGUUUGCAACGUCUGCGGUUAGAUCCAACGAUGACAGAGGAAGAGAACAACGUGGAGCUCAUCAAAUGCAUUGAAGAUCAUCAAUUGAUCAUCGAAUACUGCAACAAUUUGAGACCUGUCAUAUCUGCCACGAUUUUUGUACAAUUUUUACUUUGCGGCCUCGUCAUCGGUUUGGCCAUAAUUAACAUUAUUUAUUUUUCAAACUUUUGGAGUGGCCUCGGCACAGCUGUUUUCAUUUGUGAUCUGCUAUUGCAAACCUUUCCCUUCUGUUACAUUUGCAACUUGAUUAUGGCCGAUUGUGAACAACUCACAUAUUGUCUCUUUCAUUCCAAUUGGUUGUCAGCAGAUCGUCGCUAUAAAGCUACAUUCUUAUACUUUUUACAAAAUGUUCAGCAACCCAUCUUUAUGACAGCCGGUGGUGUAUUUAUCAUAUCUUUGGGCACAAAUAUAACCGUUGCCAAGUUGGCAUUUUCGGUGGUCACAUUUGUAAAGCAAUUAAAUAUUGCCGAGAAAUUCAUUGAGUGA